AAAUCAUGGAAGAGAAUGUGGGCAACAUCGUGGGAUGAGUUACCAACUCGUACUCGAUGUCGCGCCAGCAUGAACUGGAGGCAGUCAGUGCUGGGGAAGCCGUCGACGGGGAAAGGAAAGAUGUGGACGAUCAUCUUAAUAGCGUCGUUCGCCGUGCUUGGGGCUUCUGCGGAUAUCGGGCCAGAGAUGUGGCGUGUAGAAGCCCCGGGACAUCACAUAGUGGUGAGGGCGCUGGCAGAUGAGGGAAAUGUAGACGUCUGGGGUCACACAGCAUCCCACACCAAGGUUUUGGUUGAGGCGGAGGCCAAGAGCCGCGUGGCGAGAGCUCUGGACGAGGCCAACCUCAAGCACAGCGUUGAAGUCCCGGAUGUCCUGGCGCUGGUGGAGGAGGAGAGGGCGCACAUGCAGGAGAAGAGGAGGAAGCGCGAGUCAGAGCAGAUGGACUGGACGUCGUUCCAUGACCUGGAAGACAUCGAGGGCUUCGAGGAAUGGCUCAACUUCACCUCGGGUGACUUCGUGCAGAUGGCGUCGGUGGCCAGGACUCUGGAGGGCCGCGAGGUCAGGCUCGUGAGGAUCACCGACCCUUCCACGCCAGGACCUAAGAAGAGGAUCUGGAUCGAAGGAGGUAUCCAUGCCAGGGAAUGGAUCUCCCCCGCCGUGACCACGUACCUAAUGCAUCAGGUGGCAGUCAGUCCUGAAUGGCGGGACAUCUUGAAGGUCACCGAGUGGUACUUCGUGCCCGUCGCCAACCCCGACGGCUACGCCUACUCCUUUUCGUCACCCAGAGCAAGACUUUGGCGGAAGAACCGCAGCCAAAACGGCCCAAGCGCUCGCUGCAAAGGCGUCGAUCUCAACCGAAACUGGAACCUCAAGUGGGGCGUCGGGGCCUCCGGCAACCCUUGCAGCGAGACAUUCAAGGGAAAAGAGCCUUUCAGCGAGCCGGAGACGAUUGGCCUCGGCAGAGCAAUGCAGAGAGUGAGAGACAUCGACGUCUUCAUCACCUUCCAUAGUUUCGGGCAGACGGUGCUGUACCCGUGGGGAUGGACGAGGGACCCACCCGCCAAUGUCAAGCAACUCAGCCGCCUGGCAAGGAAGUUUAACGAGGGCGUCAAGGCCGCUUCAGGAGGCAGAACUGAAUACGAGAUCGGAGGUUCAGGGCCUCUCUACGGCCUCGCCUCUGGGGCCUCCGACGACUGGGCGUACGGAGCUCUGCAAGUACCUCUUUCGUACACGAUCGAGCUCCCUGAUACGGGCUCGUACGGCUUCUUGCUGCCAGAGAGUGAGGUAAGCAGAGUCGUGGUCGAAACCAACUCCGGAAUGCAUUGCAUGAUCGGGUUCCUCACGAACAUCGGGCCCUGCGCUCGCCACAACACCAACCGCUCCAAGUCCGUGGGGUUUCGGGGCUUUCGGGGGUGAGCGGGACGACGCCCUGCGCCCACCUGCCACUCUUGGCUCAAGCGAUGAUCCUCACGUACCUGUGUAAGUGAACGUUUCCUUGCUGUCUGUCUAUUGCUUGAGGCAGAAAUAUACACUGAAAAUCAAGCCUUGCAAGGCUGGUGAACGGUAAUCUUACAAACCAGUGCAUUCUUUGGGAAGUAUUAUGUAGCAGUGCAGAUGGGAAAUGUUAUGCAUAUAACAUUAGUUUACAAGUUGAACGAGGAAUUAUAAUGAAAGAAAAAAUAAUAACACCACAAAGAAAAUCUAGUCUUCGAUGUUCGUUUUGUUGACAAAGGCGGCGACAACUGGCCGUCUAGAUGUUGUGUAUUGGUUUUGUCUGAAUAUUUGAUUUUGAUCAUGUUUUGGGUGCGAAAUAGUGGUGUAGGUUCAUUUAAUCAUUACAGUAUUUAUGACAUAAUUCUGCUCUUAAUUUCAUAUGUUUUAUUUAAAUAUUUAAAUAAUUUUUGUUGGCACAUUUGAAUAAUUUAAGUUAUGCAUUUACAUUCUGUAAUAUCACACGUACACAUGCAAAUACACACACAUACACAUUGACACAACUGGAUACAAACUAUACACGGAAGCCUGUUCCUGAUA